AAUCGCGCCCGACAACGACACUCAACCUGCAGUUUGCUCUUCUAUUCCGCUCAGAUACAACAACUCGAAUUUGUUACCCCCACCUCACCAUUCAUCAUGGCACAAGCGUACUCGAACCCGCUCAAAAAGUUCAAGCUUGUAUUCUUGGGCGAGCAAAGCGUCGGCAAGACGUCUUUAAUUACCCGCUUCAUGUACGAUUCAUUCGACAACACAUACCAGGCGACUAUUGGUAUCGACUUUUUGAGCAAGACAAUGUACCUUGAGGACCGAACGGUCCGCCUACAGCUCUGGGACACAGCUGGCCAAGAACGAUUCCGCUCUUUGAUCCCCUCGUAUAUCCGCGAUUCUAGCGUAGCCGUGGUCGUAUACGACAUCACCAACAAGAAGACAUUCGAAAACACGCGAAAGUGGGUGGACGACGUACGAGGCGAGCGCGGCAACGAUGUCAUCAUUGUACUUGUGGGAAACAAGACGGAUUUGAACGACAAGCGCGAGGUCACGACGGCGCAGGGCGAAGAGGAGGCCAAGAAGAACAACUUGAUGUUUAUCGAGACCAGCGCAAAGGUCGGGCACAAUGUAAAGGCGUUAUUCAAGCGAAUCGCGCAAGCACUACCCGGCAUGGAGGGAGAGGGACAACAAGGGCAGAGUCAAAUGAUCGACGUGAACAUCAACCCCAGCCAGCCACCACAGGACAGCUCCUGCUCAUGCUAAAGCGAGGGCCUGGUAGAGCAGUCGGCUUCUGUUUAUUUGUUUAGAGCAUAUUGUGGUCAUGGCAUGCUUUGCAUGUCUGGAAGUCAUUGUCAGCAAGGCGUUCGGGCAUGGGCUGCAUGCAUCUUAACGUCGAAACGUGUAAUAUGUAGAGUACCAGGGCGUAUCCGUGCGCACCAGGGCAUGACGUCAAUGAAGAGAUGCCGGGUGCUGUUG